ACAGCUGUUGUUAUCAGUUUCCCUUCAAUUGUCAGCCCUUCCUGUUCAUUUAACAAAUGUUAUAUAUAAUAAUAUAAUAUUAGCAAACCAUUCAUGUUAUUAACUAUCAAUGAUUUACCCACGUAUAAUAUGUUUUACUAAAAAUUGGCGAUGGGGAGACUGCACAUGGUGAAGGGAUAACAAUUAUAGGUUUUGAUACAUGGGUUAUUUAUAUAAUGGUUAUAGGUUUAUGUGUUCCAAAUGCAUUCAAGUGUGGAGUCAAGAAGCCGGGAACAAGAAUAGUGGGAGGAGUUCCUACUCAGGUUAAUGAGUACCCAUGGAUGGUAAGACUUCAGUUAACUAUAAAUGGUCAGACUGAGCCUCUUGGUUGUGGAGCAACACUUGUAGCACAAGAAUGGGCUAUCACUGCAACACAUUGCAUGGGGGGUCUGAAGGCUUCUGAUUUGGCAGCACUUCUUGGAGAAGAUGAUACUGAAACAACAUCUGAAACAACUUUGACGAAGUCUUUCCCAGUGUCCAAGAUCAUAAAUCAUCCAAACUUUCAAGAUGUCUCUAAUGAUAUUACCCUUCUUAAACUCAGCUCAAAGGUUGAUCUGAAUAAAUAUACUCCAGUAUGUUUGCCAGCUCCUGAUACUAGUUGGGUUGGAAAAACUGCUUGGGUUUACGGCUGGGGAGCAACAUCAUUUGGCGGAUUUUCUUCCAACAAACUAUUAGAAGUUCCUGUAGUUGUUGUCAAUCUUGACACCUGCAGAAGUCCUGGAGGAGUCUAUCAAGAUGUUGAAAUUGGUAUGGUUUGUGCUGGUGGGGUGAAAGGAGAGGAUUCAUGUCAGGUUAGAACCAAGAUGGUAUCACAGGUCUUACACAUAGAUGGUGAAUGCACAACAUUGUUUGUGAAUGAUGGUGGCGUUUUGAAAUAAGCGAAUAAUGGGCAA